UCUUCUUUCAACCCUUCAACUCUCUCGCCUGAGGUGACCGGAUUCGGGUUUGGGCUUGUUUUGUCCGUUCUGAGACUGUCUCUGUCUCUAUCUUGUCUUCCGAGCCGUUUCCGAUCCUUGCUCCGGUUCACGGCACUCGCUCUGACGUACGUACUGUACUAACAUUGAGCUUCCCGAGCUAAGGUUCCAAAUCUUAUCCCGUCACCAUCAUCGUCACCAAGGACGCGCCAUCGCUUCUGUCGCCUACGAAACAUCCGACACGUCCCUCUAGCAUGAAGUGACUGUCGCGCGAAACCUUUUCGAUACCUCGAACUCCUUGAGAAGCAUCCACUGCAACAAUGGCUCUCUACAACGAGCAACAGGUUCUCUUCGAGACGGGCUCGUUCACUGGCUUCCGCCCGCUGCGAGAGCUUGGUGCGAACUAUCUCACUACUGGCCCCUUCAAGCAACCUCUGUGUGGAAAUUCGGAAGGAUGGGGGCCCCUAAGUCCUCAUCGCUAUGAUUUUACACCUUGUUUUAUCGACGUCUGGAUCUCUGCUGUGUCUGUUUUUGGCCUUCUGUUUGGAUCGCUCGCUGUCUGGUGGCUGCUCGCUAAGAAGCAGAAACAAGAGGGACAGACCAAGAAUGCGCACUUCUACAUUAAGCAGUCCCUCCUCGCCGUCAUCAUCGUCGACGUCAUUGCUCAGCUUAUCGUUCAAAUCGUCUACAUGCCCCAUAUCUGGUAUGGCGAUUUCCGAGUCUUGACGACCUUCUUGACUAUCCUGUCACUAUUUGUCAUUUUCGCUAUUCAAUGGAUCGAGCAUUCGCGUAUUCGAUAUCCCAGCGGCGUCGCCCUAUUCUACUGGCUCUUCCUCCUCAUCUCCUUCGGCGUCAAGCUCCGAUCUCUUAUCUCGCAGCAAAUCUACGACUCCAACCUACCGUACUUCAUUGUUUACUGCGUCGGAGUUGGGCUGUCUCUUGUAGAGUUUCUCGUGGAGUGGCUGUGGCCUCGAACUUCUCGGCCGAAUGGAUAUGAAGCCAUCGAGGAAGAGGAAGAAUGUCCCGUUGAAUACGCCAACGCAUUUUCUCAACUCGCCUUCUCCUGGAUGACACCAAUGAUGCAAUAUGGUUACAAAGUGUAUUUGACCGAAGAGGACCUCUGGGCUCUUGCCAAGGAUGAUCAGACCAAGAACACUGGAUCUCGCUUUGACCAAGCUUGGCAAUACGAGUUGGAACACCACAAGAGUCCUUCGCUGUGGAGAGUUUUGUUCAAGGCAUAUGGCGGCCCUUAUUGUGUUGCUGCUAUCUUCAAGGUUGCAAAUGAUGUCGCCCAGUACAUUCAGCCCCAGCUGCUUCGGCUUCUCAUCUCUUUUGUGAAGUCGUACGAGGAAGACAAUACUCCUCAGCCUAUUAUCAAGGGCGCUGCUAUCGCUUUGGCUAUGUUCGCUUGUGCGGUUCUGCAAACUACCAUGGUUCAUCAGUACUUCCAGCUUGCCUUUGUGACGGGAAUGCGUAUCAAGGGUGGUUUGUCUUCAGCCAUAUACCGCAAGUCCCUACGCCUGUCAAGCGAGGGCAGGGCUUCAAAGAGUACCGGUGACAUUGUCAACUACAUGGCGGUUGAUGGCCAACGUCUGCAGGAUCUUACCCAGUUCGCUCAGCAAAUUUGGUCUGCGCCAUUCCAGAUUAUCAUCUGCAUGGUUUCCCUCUAUAAUCUGCUAGGCUGGUCUAUGAUGGCGGGUGUUGCUGUCAUGAUUAUUAUGAUGCCAAUUCAAGGAUUUGUCGCUCGCAUUAUGAAAAACAUGCAAAAGGAGCAGAUGAAGAAUAAGGACGCCAGAAGUCGCUUGAUCAACGAGAUCAUCAACAAUAUGAAGAGCAUCAAGCUGUAUGCUUGGGGCUCUGCCUUUAUGAACAAACUCAAUUUCGUCCGAAACGAAAAGGAACUGAAGAACUUGCGAAAGAUUGGUGCCACUCAGGCCUUUGCCAACUUCACUUGGACUACUGCGCCUUUCUUCGUGUCAUGUUCAACCUUCACCGUCUUUGUUCUGACCCAGGAUAAGCCGCUCACUAGUGAUAUCGUCUUCCCUGCAUUGGCCCUGUUUAACCUGUUGACCUUCCCUCUUGCCAUUCUUCCAAUGGUCAUCACCUCCAUCGUCGAAGCCUCUGUCGCCAUUGGACGUCUCACCAGCUUCCUUACCGCUGAAGAGCUUCAACCCGACGCUAUCACUAUUAAGCCUGCCCCUGAGCAACUUGGUGAGGAGAGCAUAAUCAUCCGUGAUGGUACAUUCUCUUGGAGCCGUCACGAGAACAAGCCCACUCUCGUUGAUAUUGAUUAUACCGCUUACAAGGGAGAACUCUCUUGUGUCGUUGGCCGUGUUGGUGCUGGCAAGUCGUCUUUCCUUCAGAGCAUUCUCGGUGAUAUGUGGAAGGUUAAGGGUAACGUCGAAGUACGAGGAACUGUUGCCUACGCAUCGCAGCAAACCUGGAUCCUCAAUGCUACAGUCAAGGAGAACAUCAUCUUUGGUUAUAAAUAUGAUGCUGAGUUUUACGAGAAGACUGUCCAGGCGUGUGCUCUUUUGGACGAUUUUGCACAGCUUCCAGAUGGAGACGAAACUGUUGUUGGCGAACGUGGUAUCUCCCUGAGUGGUGGUCAAAAAGCACGUGUAUCACUGGCUCGUGCUGUCUAUGCUCGUGCGGAUAUCUACCUACUCGAUGACGUUCUUUCUGCUGUUGACUCCCAUGUUGGCCGUCACAUUAUCGACAAUGUACUCGGAACCCGUGGUCUGCUGGCUUCAAAGACUCGCAUUCUUGCAACUAACGCCAUUGCUGUCCUUCGUCAGGCCAGCUACGUGUCUCUCCUUAAGGAUGGCCAAAUCAUUGAGCGAGGAACAUACAAGGAAUUGGUUGCUCAGAAGGGUCUCGUUGCCGAACUUCUCAAGACAGCCGGACACGAGUCUGGCAAUGCCAGCAGUGAACCUAGCUCCAGUGCUUCAAGCAGCAAGGCUGCUACAAUCAUCGAGACAGACUCCGGCCAGGCCAAGGAAGAGCUUGAGGAGGCACAGGAACAAGUCCCCGAGAUGGCUCCUAUCAAGACCGGUGCUGGGGCCAAGCCUCGCUCAAGCAGCAUGGCAACCCUGCGCCGCGCCAGUACUGCAAGCUUCAGAGGUCCACGAGGCAAGCUGACAGACGAGGAAAUCGGUGGUUCGUCCAAGACCAAGCAAGCCAAGGAGCACUUAGAGCAAGGCAAGGUCAAGUGGUCUGUCUACGGUGAAUACGCCAAGAUGAACAACCUUUAUGCCGUUGCUCUAUAUCUCCUCAUGCUUAUUGCUGCACAGACUGCCGGAAUCGGUGGUAAUUUCUGGCUUGAGAAGUGGUCCAGAGAAAACCAAGAAAAGCAGUCGAACGCUAAUGUUGGCAAGUAUCUCGGAAUCUACUUCGCUUUUGGUAUCGGAGCGUCCGCUCUCACUGUCAUUCAGACCCUUGUGCUCUGGAUCUUCUGUUCCAUCGAGGCAUCGAGAAAGCUUCAUGAGCGCAUGGCCAACGCUAUCUUCCGCUCCCCCAUGUCUUUCUUUGAUACAACGCCUGCUGGUCGUAUCCUGAACCGUUUCUCGAGUGAUAUUUACCGGGUCGAUGAGGUUUUGGCCAGAACUUUCAAUAUGCUAUUUGUGAAUGCGGCCAAGUCAGGCUUCACCUUGGUCGUUAUCUCAUUCGCCACACCACCAUUUGUCGCAUUGAUCAUCCCGCUAGCCCUGACUUACUACUACAUCCAGAGAUAUUACCUCCGAACAUCUCGCGAGCUCAAACGACUCGACAGUGUGAGCCGUAGCCCCAUCUAUGCACAUUUCCAGGAGUCCCUUGGGGGUAUUUCAACCAUUCGGGCAUUCCGACAGCAGCAGCGAUUCGAGCUCGAGAACGAAUGGCGUGUCGAUGCUAAUCUCCGUGCUUACUUCCCUUCAAUCAGCGCCAAUCGCUGGCUGGCCGUUCGUCUCGAGUUUAUUGGUGCUGUGGUCAUUCUGGCUGCUGCUGGCUUUGCUAUCAUCGCCGUCACUGGCAACAAGCCCAUCCAAUCUGGUAUUGUCGGCCUUGCCAUGUCAUAUGCUCUGCAGAUUACGACUUCUCUCAACUGGAUCGUUCGUCAGACUGUCGAAGUCGAGACCAACAUUGUGUCAGUAGAGCGUGUCCUCGAAUAUGCAGCCCUACCAAGUGAGGCACCCGAGAUCAUCGCCAAGAACAGACCCCCUGUCUCGUGGCCUGCUAAGGGCGAGGUUGAUUUCGUCAACUACAGCACCCGUUACCGUGAGGGUUUGGACCUGGUGCUCAAGAACAUCAGCCUUGACAUCAAGUCGCAUGAGAAGAUCGGUGUCGUGGGUCGCACAGGUGCAGGCAAGUCAUCUCUGACUCUAGCCUUGUUCCGACUCAUCGAACCGGUAACGGGCCAUAUUGGUAUUGAUAAUAUUGACACGUCUUCCAUUGGUUUGCUCGAUCUGCGCCGAAGGCUAGCCAUUAUUCCUCAAGAUGCAGCGCUCUUUGAAGGCACUGUUCGGGAUAAUCUCGAUCCUGGCCAUGUCCAUGAUGACACUGAGCUUUGGAGUGUGUUGGGUAAGUAAACACCGACAUUGCAACCCUCCUACACCCAUGCACUGCUUAGACAAGCGAAUGUUUUGUCAGCACGUUGUGUAACAUUUGCUGACGUAUUUCCCUAUAGAGCACGCACGAUUGAAGGACCACGUUUCGAGCAUGGAUGGUGGGCUGGAGGCCAAGAUUAACGAAGGAGGUAAGUUCACGCACGGCAAUGCGCUUUCUGUCGGCAUUUCUUGACCGGUCUGCGAUUUCUCACCGGUCACCCGAGCAUCUGGUUCAACAUCCAUGGCUUCAUCUGAUGUGGUGUGGCUAAACAUCUGGCCCUUGCCGACGAUAAUGAGCAGUCUCUUUUCUGCAGCCAUUUCGAAGACAUCAGAUGUGCUUAGUUGCUCGCCUCGCAUGAGGACGAAGUCCCGUGGUCUGCCCUUUAGGAGCAGCACCAACAGCCUGGGUCCUGAGAUAUCAGGCUUAUUCACAUCACAACCGACUUUCACAUGCAUGUUUGUUCAACUGCUAACAUGUUGCCUUGCAGGCUCCAAUCUCUCUCAGGGUCAGAGGCAACUCGUCUCGCUCGCUCGCGCAAUGCUCACUCCGUCCAAUAUCCUGGUAUUGGACGAGGCCACCGCUGCAGUCGAUGUUGAGACCGACGCUAUGCUGCAGAGCACCCUCCGGUCACCCUUAUUCGCUAACCGCACCAUUAUUACCGUCGCCCAUCGUCUCAACACCAUCCUGGACAGCGAUCGUGUGGUGGUGCUUGACAAGGGUGAGGUGGUCGAGUUUGAUAGUCCGGCCGAGCUUUUCAAGAAGCAAGGUGUAUUCUACGGGCUCAUGAAGCAAGCUGGGCUGGAAGUUGAAUAGACAGACACCUAGUAUUGGACCUGUCAUAAUUGAAAUUGUACAUAAAAAAACAGCAAAAUAAAAGAGGAGGGAUUUUUGCAUACAUCACGAAACAAAGCAAACCAUGCAAUGCUGCAUGCACUCACUCGUCCAUUGCAUCGAGUGGCCAAGAGGCACAGAUUGUCCGUGAUGAUGCACAGCAGGAUAUCUUGUGAGCCACUCGGGAAAUACGGAGAGAAGCCUACGCUGACGGUGGAGGACUCGCGAAGCGACCGUGCACCGUAGCUCUUGCUGGCUUAUCCCCGGUGACAAGGGACAAGAGCGGAUGUGGUGGUGUUGAGGUAGCAGGGGGGCCCUCUAGAAGAUGCCCACGGACAAAUCUGAUGAAGCAUCGAAGUGACCAGGGAGACUUGACACGUUACAUGCUGGGGUGGCCACAGUACAGUGCGUGCAACACGGAGAAUUAUGUUGGCGAAAAAACGGUAACAGCUAUGUAAUACCGGUAACACCGCCGAGAGAAGUUCUCUCUCGAGAUGGUCAAGCGUCAGUGCGUUAAAAAGAGCAGCAGGAAUCAGUAAGGGAUCCUGAACCGCAAUUGACUAAAUAUUCUAUCGGCUUAAAAGCUUUGCCAGCCAAUGUCAA